AUGUCUUCAUCCAAUAUUCCCCAAGACACCCAGAGUCUCUCCAAGAGCGCUGCUUUUACAGUAAGCUUUACAUGGAAGAAGUGGAAGGCCAUUAUCUCCGACGCCAACACCGGAACAGACCCCUUAUACACCAUCCAUUAUUCCCCAUUCAGUCUCACAGCCAACAUGGUUUUCAAAAAAGCCCCCGAGAACGAAGUCAUCGGCAGUGGCAAGCUGAACGCGGUCUCUAUCAACGCCGACUACGAACUACGCGGACAGAAGGCCCACCUUCUAGCCCAGAAACGCUGGCGGACGGUGUACACCCACCGCUCACUCAACUUCUCCGACACUGAAACCCCAGUCACAAUGACAUGGACCAGUGAUACCGGGUUCAAGACCUGGGACUUUAUCUGUGUGGAUGAGCAGCAGAUGCCCGUGGCAAAAUUCACUGCCAACGUCUGGGGUAUCACCAACCUUGGCAAGAUUGAGUUUGUUGGCCCCAAGGCAGAUGACAGAGCUGCACAAGAGGAGAUUAUGGUUACGGGGGUCACCUUGUUCUAUUGCAUGUUACUUCGCUGUAAUAACUUUUUCAAUCUCUUUGGGGCUAUUUUUGCUCGACCUGGGCACAAGCAGCACAUUGAGCCUCAGCCCAAAGCUAUGGCUAGCGAGUAG